AGAAGGGGAGUUUGCUCUGGUGUAUUUCUCGUUGCAUGCAGCCUCAGUCUCUCUCGGGGGGCCUCGACGGCUGUGAAAAGGGAGAAAUAAAAAAAGAAAGAAAAAAAAAGUGUCCGCGACUUUGAUCCCUCUCCACACCUUUUCCGCCGGUCACGCUUUAAUCGCAGACUCUCGAGUCCCAUGCACAACCGUAGUGUCGUACUCUCUCAUAAGCGCCAGUGGGAUUGAUAGGCCGUCGUGCACGCAUACCACAAUACACGAGCGUAAAAAGCUUCGGGAGCCCCGAUAGAGCGGGUGCUGUUCCUGCCUUUCAAACACUUCGCCUCCGAGGGGGCCGAUUUCGAAAAGUAACCAAGCAAAAGGGAAACAAAUAAAAAACAGUCAAGGAUGGACGCGGAGGCGUUCCUGGACGUGGCCAACCAGGUGGUCAAGCUCAAGAUGUUCCCGUACUUCGAUAUAGCCCACUGCGUACUUUGCGCGCUUCACGUCAGGGAGGACUUGGGACCGGGUGCACAAGCAUUUUCGAGAAAACAUCCGCUCUCGUGUUGGCUGUCGACGAUGCUGGUCAUCUUCGCCGGUGGUAUGCUGUGCAACGGUUUACUUGGCGAACCAAUACUGGCGCCCUUGAAAAACACACCUCAAGUCGUAGUUGCCACUGUUGUCUGGUACGUCGUAUUCUACACGCCGUUCGAUAUAGGCUACAAAGUUGCCAAGUUCUUGCCUGUGAAGAUAGUAUGCGCCGCGAUGAAGGAAAUUUACAGGUGUAAAAAGGUUUACGACGGUGUCUCUCACGCGAGCAAAUUGUACCCCAACGCGUACCUCAUUAUGAUCCUCAUCGGGACACUCAAAGGAAACGGAGCUGGUUUUACAAAGCUGUUUGAGCGCCUGAUCCGCGGAGCCUGGACCCCCACUGCCAUGGAGUUCAUGCAACCGAGCUUCCCCACUAAAGCUUCCCUGGUCGCUUCGAUCAUAUUCGUGCUGGACAAGAAGACUGACCUCAUUUCCGCGCCUCACGCCCUCGUCUACUUCGGCAUCGUCAUAUUCUUCGUUUACUUCAAGCUGUCCUCCAUCCUGCUGGGCAUCCACGAUCCAUUCGUGCCAUUCGAGAAUUUGUCCUGUACCCUGUUCCUGGGCGGUAUCUGGGACUCAUUGGCGAAGAUAUUGGGCCGUGGCCAGGCGAAGGACGAAAAAACAGACCAGAAAAAGAACAACUGAGCCGACGUUCGUGGCUGCUCGUCAUCGCCAUACUCACCGAACCCCGUCUAUGAAAAUCGUGACGCGUUGUUGGAGCGAUUUUUUGUUUCACUUGACUCUCUACGCCUUUUUGUUUCAUCGAUGUCCUUCAAUUUUGCGUAUUUUAUGAUUCAUGCUGAUCCUUAUUUUAUUCUAAUGAUGAUGAAAUAAAAAGGCACGUACUUGGAAAGAGAGAUAUAAAUGUCAUACUCACCUUGAUACUUGAUCGUCCAUCCAAAGCGUAACUGCGAUUAUACCACAAAGCGGUCUUGUAACUUAAACUAGUCUAUGAUGUUUAUUCCUAGGAAUGUUGAUGAUGACAAAAAGUACAAUGAUUUUAAUUUAUUAAUUAAAUGUUUCAUCGAAUCUAAAAUGCUGCGAGUCGCAAACAUCGAGACAACAGUAUUAUAGUAAUUUCGAGAGAAGAAAAAUAUUACGUAAAUGCCUGUAUACGUAUGUGACUCUCUACUGUGGCUGCACGUAAUCCGUUUUCUCAGAGGAAACGUUAAAAGCACGUAGCCAUGUUAUAUCUUGCCAGAAACAAUAGUUUUAGUCCCCUUAACGAUUUUAAACGUCGAACAAAAAUUUUUAUGUUUGUUUAGUCUAGAACCUCUUCAUUGUUAUAAUAAUUUUAAUUACCUGCAUGAAUCACAAAGGUUUUUGAAUGUUUUUAUAAUAGCUCAAUAUUAAGGAUGUGUGGAAUUGAAAAAAAAUAAAAAAUUUAAGAUGAAUAAGAUAUUGUUCUAGAAUAUGAUUUCUUGCUUGUUUCAGAUUGAGAUUCAUAUCUUUUAUUUCUUUGUUUCUAGAUUCAGUUCAUUUAUAAAUAGCACUUUUUUGCACAUCUUUGAAAUACUAUUCAAUAACGUGUAUUGUUUGAUAUUAAACAGUACACCACACAUUGUUUGUCAAUUCAUUAAUUUGCGAGAAUGUCUUUCUUUAUGCGAAAAAUUAUAUUAAACAUGAUGAAACGUAUGUUUUCCUAUUGGUUUUUUCCAAUAAAAAAAAUAAUAAAAUAAUAAAAAUUUAUAACUUUUACAAAUUAUAUAACAGAGUACACGCACACGUAUUUUGAAGUGCACGUGAUCUUAAAAAUUCAAGGGUCGUAAGUUUUUUUUUUUUUGUGUUCAUGAUGAAUAUACAAUUAUAAAAUUUUAAUGCCUCAACAGACAACAAUUAUUGCUUUUAAUACGAACUUUUAAAACUUCACUGAUAUCAUUUGUGGAAAACUCGAUCCUGCCGCUUAAAUUUUCUAAAUUUAUACAAGCAUCUGCCGUGAAUUAAAAACUAUAUGUACCAAUUAGUAAUGCUUAAAAAAUGAAGAGUAAUAUCAAACCGUGCAGUGUUAAAAAAGAACCUUCUGCUUGUGAAUUUCGUACAGUAGCUAAAAAAGUACUUGUAUGCAAAUUUUAAUACUAUACACCUGCAAAACGAACAUGCGAAAAAAAAAAUAUUGUAAAAACAAAAAAAAAUGUCAAAGCGCUAUUGCAAUAUUUAUAGCAAACAUACAAACAAAAACCAAUUGUGUACACACUCACCUGUAGUUGCAAAGAUAUUUUCCAAUACUAAUGUAUAUUUUAGCGCGUGAAAUGGCAAUUUUGGGUAUAUUUUACACGAGGAUUGAAAAACGUUGUAAAAAAGUUUUGGAGAAAAGAAAAGUUACAUAAGUACCAUAUAUACCUAAAUAUACACGUAAAGAAAAAAAAAA